AUGCAGAAUAAAAAGGAAGGCAAGAUGGGGGCCUCCUCUACCGACGCAAAAACAAACGCUACGCGAAUGACAGAUCAACCAGCCAUGAAGAUCAGCGCGAAGCGGACCCUCCCGCCCGAGAAGCCGGAGGAUAUUAGGACGAGAACACUGGUGAUAUCUGCAUUUUGGGCGAUUAUAAUAUUUCUGGGCCUUCCCAUGUGGUGGAUGACUACGUCCAUUUACAGGGCGAGACUUCCGUUGGAUGUGAUGAAGGAUUGGGCAGAUGGCAAGAUUCUCGUACAUGCUCCGUCAAUGAACACCCCGGAUGCUGAACACCUUAUUCGCACCACCCAACACGCUCUCGAUGAUCUGAAUGAUUUCUCCGCACAUCACCUCAGGCUUCGCUUGGUAGAAACGUCACAGAGCUCAGGAGAGACAUCGCAGGUUAUUCCAACAGCAGAAUCAGACGUUGAGGAGAAAAAAAAUGCAGCGCUGAAUGUCAGGUUACUCCCACGGGAGGGUGUAGUUGUACCUAGCUCAGAACUACAUCCGUAUUCUGAACAACUGGAAAUAUUUUAUCCAGUCAAUCAAGCACCAUCUACUUCGACACUCAAUUCACUUCUCGCUACAUUUAUUGCCGCAGAGGUUCAGAAACUGUUCAAUGAGGAGAAAGCGACAAUUGCAUAUAUCCUGUCAAGCAGCAACACGUUUGGUCCGUCGCCUCAACCCUCGAUUCCAGGAGGUCAGGGCCCUUCUGUGAAUAAUAGAGAGCAAGGAAUGGCAGCUAUAAAAUCCGUGGCACCCCAAUUAGCGGAGUCAAUUGCUCGUCGCACCACGCGUUCUUUUAAAUAUGCUGAAACGUACCAUUUAAGCUUCUCGCUCUUCACGCCAGGACCACUGCCAUCCUCAUGGGACAUCGAACCAGCGUUACAAGAAUACCUUCUACCGCUACUAGGAACACUUUCGCCCAUUAGCAACUUCUCCAUCGACACACAGGUGCAAGUGUACGCACACUUUGCACCAACCGCGGCGCAACCAGAAUUCGAUGAAUCUCAGAACGCCUGGACAUUGAAGAAAGAAGAGCUAGGCUCAUUCAUCAACGCUGCGGAAUGGCCUCUAAGCCCCAGUAUCCGCAAAGGCCCAACGAUAAAUUUCAUCCUCUACAUCCCUUCAGCAAGCCAAUCUCCUCUCGUGAUUAAAGAAAAUGGUGUCACCAGCUGGCUCAUCCCUCAAUGGGGCGGAGUGGUCAUCCUCAACCCCCCUCUUGAUCCUUCGCUGAAUCCCAAAUCAAACCCACCCCAUCUAUCUAAAGACUCUCUCCGCAAUCCUUUAUCCACAUUCUCCCAUCAACUCCUCACACUCCUUGGCACCCCUUCCUCCCCAGCAUCCCUCCCUCUCCGCCUCCAAGCCUUAGUUCGCAUCCACACUGCCUCCCUCCUCCUUUCUGCAUCCUCAACCAUGGGCUCCCUCGCCCGCCUUGUCCGCUCUCUUGCUUCAAUCCCCAUCCCGCUCAGCGUGGCGAACUCCGUCUCGACCACGCUUUCUCAUCUCUCGGCUACAUGUGAGCUGUUGCGUGAGGGCCGAUUCAAACAGGCGUUAGCGAGCGCGCGCGUUGCGGAGAACGAGGCGGAGCGUAGCUUUUUUGAAAAAAGCAUGGUUGGGCAGUUGUAUUUCCCGGAUGAACAUAAAGUUGCUGUGUACUUGCCACUUCUGGGCCCGAUUGGGGUGCCGCUCGUCAUGGCCCUGAUAAGAGAAGGGAGAAGAGUAAUUCUGGCGAUGAGGCAGCGCAGGAUUAGGUAG